AUGUUAAAAAAACAAGAAUCUCAACCUUUUUUGUAAAGCUAAUUUGAAGUACCAUUUCAAUGUAGAGUUGUUCGUAAACAUUUUUUCAAGGAUAGAGUUUACUAGUUAAAAUUACAUAAUAAUUAAAUCACCAUGACAUAUGUAACUCAUAUUCAUUUAUUAUAGCACUUAAAUAUUGAUGAUCCAAAAUAUAUUAUGAAUAUUGAAGAAUGCACUACUUUUUAAUGGUUAAUAAAACAAUAAAGAUUAGUAGGUUUUAAAUUUCCUUAUAUGGGGAAAAUUAAAGAGUUUUACUCAGAUCAAAAUGAUCUCAUAUAACUUAGAUAGAGAUUAGGUAAUAAAAUGACUUUCCUCAAUCUAAGUUAAAAUUAUAAAUAUCUUUCAACGUUAGAAGCAGGAUCGUUUGGUUAGGUUUUUAUAUUUAAUAACUAUUUCAUAGGUUACAACAAAUGAAUGUUAUUUUAAUAAUAAGAAAGUGGCUAUUAAACAUAUAUUACUUAAUGGAAAAAAAGAUCAAUAAAAACUUAUAGAAAAUGAAAUAUAGAUUCUGAGAUCAAUUAAACAUCCUAAAUUGGUUGAAAUAUAUGAAGUGUUUAAAUCUGAAUUAUAUUACUAAAUUGUGACUGAAUUUAUUGAAGGUGAUAAUUUAAAACAGCAAAUAUUAAAUAAAUUAAGCCAAAUUAAAAAUGAAUAAAUUUUAGAAAUUAUGCAAGUAUAAAUUAAAUAAUAAUUAAGUAAUUAUUUGAAGCUUUAACUUUUCUUCAUCGUAAUUCAAUACUUCAUAGAGAUAUCAAACCAGCAAACAUAAUGUAUCAUAAUAAUAAAUUAAAAUUGAUUGAUUUUGGACUUGCUUGUUAUGAUGGUAAAUAAUUAAUUGAAAAUCCUAAUUGUGGUACAGAAGGGUAUGUUGCCCCAGAGGUUUUAAAUGUUCAUUUAACUAAAUUGAACUAUGAUUUUAAAGUUGACGUUUAUGGAGCUGGAUGUGUUUUAUAUAUGCUUUUAACAGGAACAAAAUUUUCAUAAUCUAAUUGCUCUAAUUUUAGUUUUCAAAAAAAUAAAACAUAUCAAAAUAAUGAAAAUACUUAAUUGUUCGAAUUAGUUAAAAUUAUGACUAGAGCUAAUCCACUUGAUAGACCAUCAAGUUUUUAAGUGCUAGAAUUAAUAAGAUUAAUUAAAGAUAAUAAUGCUUAUGAUAUCAAUUUAUGGUAUAGUAAUGCAUUUAAUCUUUCUAAUUCGAAUAACUCUUAUUAGACAGCCUCAACAGCUAGAUAUAUUCAUGCUUCUAAGAAUUAAAAAAGUGUUUGUAGUUUUAAUAGUGCCAGAGGUUUAGGUUAGACAUUCUCAAAAUAAAUUAUAAAAUGA